AUGUAUUUUGUAAUAUUAUUUGUAAUUGCUGCUUUUCAAGCGUUUCACUAUGCGAACAGCGAAGAUUUUGGCUACGAUGGAGUUAUAGGUCCAGUGCAUUGGGGUGAGCGAUACCAGGAGUGCAGAGGCAAGCACCAGAGUCCAAUCGACAUUAACGUGCUUCGCGUCAAGCAGGUCGCUCUGCCUGACAUCACCUUUAUCGGCUUCGACGACUCUAUCGAUGACGUACACGUUACCAACAAUGGACAUACCGUGUUGAUCGAAGUGGAGAAUGAACCACACCCUCGCGUCAGUGGUGGGCCAUUGGACGGCGACUACAUCUUCAGUCAAAUGCAUUUCCACUGGGGAGAUAACGAUACUUUCGGUUCUGAAGACAAGAUAAAUCAUAGAAGUUUCCCUAUGGAGCUUCAUAUGGUGUUCUUCAAAGAGGAAUACAAGACUCCGCACGAUGCCGUGCGGCAUUCGGACGGCCUCGCUGUGCUCGCGUUCUUUUAUGAGUUAGAUCGUCAUGAACAUCCUGCCUACGACGACAUAACAUCAGCGUUAUCAAACGUGACGGAACCUCACACGAGUGUCGUAAUGAACCAUCCCUUCUCCUUCCUCAACAUACUGCCUUACGAUUUGAAUCGGUACUUCACGUACAGAGGAUCUCUGACUACCCCACCUUGUUCUGAAGUCGUGAUAUGGCUGGACUUCGAGCAGCCUGUGAGGUUGGCUCAUGACCAGAUAGAAGUAUUCAGGGAGUUAAGAUCUGCGACUGGCAAAAUCCGGCAUAACUUCCGACCAAUACAACCUAUCGGCGAUCGCGUUGUUUUCUACAACAUAGAUAAUAAAUACUUCAGUUAUAACGAAGUCGACGACCCUGAUGAAGAUAUUCCAAAGAGAAAGAAAAACAAUAGUUAUAGGUCAAUUAACAGCUUAUAUACUUUAUUUAGUGUUAUAAUAAUUAAUGUAAGUUUGUUUUAUAGUAGAAAAUAAAAGCGAUAGUACUUAAUAAUGUAAUAAGAAAAUUAUAAAUUUAAUAACCUUUUUAUUCUGGAAUUUAAUAAAAAAAUGUGUUAUAACCUGUGAUAUUCUGUAUCUUAGAUAGAUAUUAGAAAUGUAGAUAAUAAAAGUAAACAUAUAAUAAA